AUGCCAGACGUUGAUCUUAAUUCAAAUAACGAAAGAAAUAUUUUACUAAUUGGCAGAACAGGGAAUGGAAAGUCCACGUUAGGUAAUGUUCUCGUAAAUAAAAAUGGUGAUUUUGAAACAGUAUUUAAAGAAAGUAGUUAUGGAGUUAGUGAAACACGAGAUAUUGAUACAGGAGAAUUUAUGAUAGAUAGUAUUAAAUAUAAAGUAAUUGAUACAGUUGGUCUUGGAGAUACAAAAUUAAAUCGAAAGGAAGUGAUGUAUAAAUUAGGUGAAGCGGCUCAUAAAACCCGGGAUGGCUUAAAUCAGUUAUUGUUUGUAACUAGCAGUCGUUUUACUGAAGAAGAAAGAUUUACUUAUAAUUUAUUGAGAGAGAUUAUUUUUGAUGAUGAUAUUGUAAAUCAUACUACUAUUGUACGCACCAACUUUGAAAAUUUUAUGGAUGAGGAUGAGAUUAAAGAAGAUCAGAGAAGAAUGAUCAGUGAAAAUGCAGAACUUGCAAGAGUUAUUUGUUCUUGUAAUAAGAUUAUUCAUGUGAAUAACCCUCCUAUGAAUAUAAAGGAUGCAAGACGCUUAAAGUUGAAUAAAGAAGAUAGGGAAGACUCAAGAUCUAAGUUGUUGCUUCAUUUAGGUGCUUGUAAAGAUACAAUAUAUAGACCAAAAAAUUUGGAUAAAAUGCAAAGAGAAAUAGUUGAUCUUAAAGCAAAGGUUUCUAAGGAAACACGAGGUUUUUGUCAAAUCGUAGGAGAAGCGAUGGACGUAGGAAUAGAGAAACUUCGAGAGGAAUUUGAAAACAAAUGCAAUUUAAU